AUGCCGGCUCGAACCUGGCCCCCCCCGUACGCUGCUCUGGGGCCGCCCCCGGGCAGCUGCGGAAGGCGCCUGAGGCAGCCGCAGCUGGGCGGCCCUGGUGGGGCCGUGUCCCCCCUGCCGCGGCUGAGGCAGGAGCGCAGCCGAGGCCUCGCCCCGCCAAGCCUCCCCAGCCUUCGGGUGCCUGCCGCAGGGCCGGCUCUGGCAGCAUUGCGAGUUGUGACCCUAAGCAGGGUGACGGCAGGCUUACUGUCCAUCCUGAAAUUCGUGUGUUGUGCCCUGUUCUCCAACGAUCCAUACAAAAAUGAACAUUUCCAGGUUACUUUUUUCCCCUGGAGGGCCACUCAACAAAUAAAGCCCUGUUUACUCCAGAUGAGUGUGUACAAUGAAGUCAAGGCUUGUGUCAUCCCUGCCUUUUGUGCAGACAAGAGCUGCUGUGGAGGUGUCUGUGAACUACUUUUUACAGAGGAGAAAAAGCAAAGGAACGUGCUUCUUGCCGGUGGUGACAUGGAGAAAGACUCUGAGAAGGACACAGAUCAGAAUGAAGAGGUGCCCAAAAUCAAUGAGUCUUUGGAGUCUGUGUCUCUGACUGAUGCCUCAGCAAAGAAGGCCACAGAAAGGUCUGACACUGACCUAGAAGUUGAAGACUCUGAGAAGGCCUUUGCAAAGAUCACAGAUGCAGAGCUGUACUUGGAAGCAUGCAGGUUGAUGGAGGUUGUGCCUGUUUCACACUUUAUUGAGAACCUGACAAAGCCUUAUAUAAACCUGAACCACCACGGUCUAGGACCCAAAGGUGUCAAAGCCAUUGCUAUUGCUCUGGUGUCCAACACAACUGUCACCCAUCUAGAGUUGGAAGACAAUUGCAUUCAGGCAGAAGGAGCUGUAUGCAUAGCUGAGAUGCUACGAGAGAAUUCUUCCCUUCAAGAACUGAACAUCUCUAAUAACCAUCUAGACAGAGCAGGAGCUGAAGCCAUUGCAAAUUUGCUUUCAGAAAACCUGUCCUACCUCCAUGCUCUUCAUCUCUCAGGAAACAAUUUUGGAGAGGAGACUGCACUGUACUUCGCUGAGGCAUUAAAGGGCAACUACCAAGUGAAGGAGCUGGACCUCAGCCACAAUGAUUUCUCUGAGAAGGGAGGACAGCUCCUGGGACAGAUGCUUGCCAGCAAUACAAGACUGGAGAUUCUGGACCUGAGCUGGAACCAUCUGAAGAGGAAUGGGGCAGCAGCGCUGGGCACAGGUCUGAGGACCAAUGCUGCACUGAAAAUCCUCAACCUUUCUUGGAAUGGCAUUGGCAACCAGGGGGCACUGGCGCUAGGAGAAGCUCUCAAAGUCAAUAACGUGCUGGUUCACCUGGACAUCAGCAACAACCAGAUCUACAAUGAUGGAGCAAAGAAGCUCUGCAAAGGCCUUGAAGUCAAUGGAAAGCUCAAAAUUCUGAAGAUGGCAAAUAAUCCUCUGACCCUGGAAGGUGCCACAGCACUAGUCACAUCUGUUAGAAAGAACUCCAACUCCAUGAUGGAGGAGAUCAACAUCUCAAAUGUCUUGGUGAAUGAAACUUUUGUCAAGUUGCUGGAUUUGGUGUAUCAAAUGCAUCCUGAACUAGAUGUCAUCUAUGGUGAGGUUGAAGGUCAUAUUGCCAAGAUCCCCAAGCAACAUCCAAAUCCCAUGAAAGUCAUUCAGAAAUAUUUGAAAGAGCACAACCUGCAACUCUGGGACUUUUUUUGGAAUAUUGACAAGGAUGGAAACACGAAGAUCCCUGUGGCAGCAUUCCGGAAAGCCAUGAUGCAGCAAUCAAGCAUCCCACUGGAUCGAGUCCAGAUUAGGGAACUCGUGCGCAAGCUAGACCAUAAUCGGACUGGGUUUGUGGACUAUAGUCACUUAAAAGAGCAGAAGCUAUCACAAAAGCCUGUGGAAGGAGAAACUGAGAAGGCAGAGAAGGAAGAGCCAAAAAAAUGA